GGGAGAAAAUAUGUCAUCCCAAUUCUCUCUCUCUCUCCACGUAAUAUUUCUUGAAACCUUCACCCGUCACUUUCUCUCUCUAAAAACAGAGCGUUGCGAGGCCGUCCAUACCGACUCUCCACCUUCUCUUCUCCUUCUUCUUCCUUUUCUUGAUGUGUACGCAGUUUAGCAACAAUGGCCAAGACCUGCUCUUGCCCAAACCCUCUAAACUAUUUCGCCACCCGCACCAACAAGUCCACCCUCCUCUGCCUCACCGCCACCUCCUUCCUCUGCACCCUCUCCUACCUCGCCGCCCUCUGGCGCCGCUCCGGCGACUUCUCCCCCGCCUCCCCCGCCACGAUCUUCCCAUGCAAGACUCCAGUCUCCGUUGCGGCCGCCGCCGGUGACCCCGCUCCUCCGCUCGACUUCGUCGCCCACCACUACUGGGAUUUCCGGCCGCCGCCCUCCGCGGCGGAGCGCGGGCCUCGGUUCCCGCCGUGCGGCGCCAACUUCAGCGAGUACACCCCCUGCGAGGACGUGGCGCGGUCGCUGAGGUUCGAGCGGGAGAUGCUCGUGUACCGGGAGCGGCACUGCCCCGAGGGGGGCGCCGGCGGGGAGCGGCUCCGGUGCCGCGUGCCGGCGCCGUACGGGUACAGGAGGCCGUUCCGGUGGCCGGAGAGCCGCGGGAACGCGUGGUUCGCGAACGUGCCGCACAAGGAGCUGACGGUGGAGAAGAGGAACCAGAAUUGGGUCAAGUUCGAAGGCGACAGGUUCGUGUUUCCCGGCGGCGGGACCAUGUUUCCGAAGGGCGCUGAUAAGUACAUUGAAGAUAUUGGGAAGAUGAUAAAUCUUAGAGAUGGGUCUAUAAGAACCGCUCUCGAUACUGGCUGUGGGGUGGCGAGCUGGGGCGCUUACUUGUUGUCUCGGAAUAUCCUGGCGAUGUCAUUCGCGCCAAGGGACACCCACGAGGCUCAGGUCCAAUUUGCCCUCGAGCGUGGUGUCCCUGCGUUGAUCGGGGUCCUCGCCUCCAACAGGAUUCCUUACCCAUCGAGAGCUUUCGAUAUGGCUCAUUGCUCUCGCUGCCUCAUACCUUGGAGCCAAUACAAUGGACUGUACUUGAUCGAGAUUGACCGGGUCCUGCGUCCCGGUGGCUACUGGAUCCUGUCUGGCCCGCCCAUAAACUGGGAAAGGCAUUGGAAAGGAUGGGAACGAACAUCCGAAGAUCUUAAGGCGGAACAGACUUCGAUUGAGACUUUAGCCCGUAGUCUAUGCUGGAAAAAGUUGAAGCAGAAGGAAGACAUUGCAAUAUGGCAAAAACCAACGAACCAUGUUCACUGUAAAAUCAACCGGAAGGUAUUCAAGUUCCCGCAUUUCUGCCAGUCACAAGAUCCGGAUAUGGCCUGGUAUACAAAAAUGGAAGCUUGUUUGACCCCAUUGCCUGAUGUGCCGGACAACAACAUUAAGGUAGUGGCGGGAGGCGGGCUAGUGAGAUGGCCUGAGAGGCUAAUGUCAGUACCCCCUAGGAUUAGCAGCGGCAGUUUGGAAGGAAUCACAGAGAAGACGUUUAUAGAGAACACUGCCGCAUGGAAAACAAGGGUUUUGCAUUACAAAUCUCUGGACAGUCAGCUGGCCGAGCUUGGCAGGUACCGCAACUUGCUCGACAUGAACUCUUACUUGGGAGGAUUCGCAGCCGCACUGGUUGAUGAUCCGGUGUGGGUCAUGAACAUCGUCCCCGUGGAGGCUCGGGUGAACACUCUCGGAGUCAUCUACGAGCGCGGGUUGAUUGGGACUUAUCAAAGCUGGUGCGAGGCCAUGUCUACUUAUCCGAGGACUUACGACCUCAUUCAUGCCGAUUCGGUCUUUACCCUCUACAGAGACAGCAGGUGCGAAAUGGAAGACAUCUUGUUGGAAAUGGAUAGGAUCUUGCGGCCCGAGGGGAGUAUCAUUUUCCGUGACGACGUGGAUGUCUUGGUGAAGAUCAAGGACGCCAUCGAUGGAAUGCAAUAUGAUAGCAAGAUUACAGACCAUGAGAAUGGUCCGCUUGAACGAGAGAAAAUACUCUUGGCAGUUAAGCAGUACUGGACAUCACCAGCUCCUGAGUCAGAUCAGUAAAGGAAUAAAUAGAGAUUCUGUUGACAGGAGUUCCUCCUCUUGUGGCCUCUCCAGUUUUAAUUCUUUUCAUUGAUAAAUUUCCAGCUUUUUUCGUGUGAAUAAUCUUGAUGAGAAUCGAUUUUUAUUGUCUUUGCGUUGUGCCUUGUGGCAAUUUCGUGGUGCUCAAGGUGUAAAGAUGCAAGGUCCCGGAAAAAUUGAGCAUUUGUAAAGAGAUAUGAGAUUUUAACUCUUUGGAGUAUACAAAUGAAGUGAAAUGGCGUUUGGUGAAUCAAAA